AGUGCAUGGUCGCCUUUUAUACAAGACAGACACAUGAACAAAAUUAAGUGAAAAAAAAAAAAAAUAGUCCUGUCGCUUUUAAAUAUUUGUUAGUGUACAUAAAGUAUAUGUGAGUUGUGAGGUUCGACGUAUUAUGUUAAAUUAUUGGUAAAUUAUGAAUCUACAUUUGUUGCUUCAUGAAUAUGUUGAGUUUUAAAUGAAUGAAGAGAUGUGCGUUUUCGCUGAGGAUAUAUGGACCAAAGUAGAUGUGGCCAAACAGCCUGACAUCCGGAUGCAACCCAGAAAGCGAGUUAUCAUUUCCGGGAUUUGGAAGCGGUUGCGGCGGAAGCACUUCCAGCAUGGCCUACUUAAAGUCUACUCCUUAUCCUGUACCCGGACUCGGUCUACACGGAUUACCAGUGGACUCGCUGCAUUCAUCAAUGACAGGUUAUCCAGGAGGUAACCAAAGGAAGCAACGGAGAGAAAGAACAACAUUUACAAGAGCUCAAUUAGAUAUAUUAGAAGCGUUGUUCGGAAAAACGCGAUAUCCGGAUAUAUUUAUGAGAGAAGAAGUGGCCUUGAAAAUUAAUUUACCGGAAUCUAGAGUUCAAGUGUGGUUUAAGAACAGACGAGCAAAAUGUCGCCAACAACAAAAACAACACAACCAGCAGCAAAACUCGGAAAAAACCACCAGAUUAAAAAACAAAACUACCACCAGCCUCAUUACUAAGUCAUCUCCAACACCAGUUUCUGUUUCAAGCAAUAAUAAUACUAGUACCAGUUCAUCGGGAAGUCCACCUUCUGUACCUACAGCGCUACACCUUAGAGACAGUCCGAACUACGUCAAAUCUCAGCUACUUCCAACAUGUGGCAGCACUAGUUCACCAACGAUUCCAAGCUCCACUUAUACCAACUCGGCAAAUUCCAGUAUAUGGUCUCCAGCGUCUAUAGAUUCGUUUUCUUUAGAUCAACAUAGAUGGUGUACGUCUACGCAACCUUCAGUAUUAAGUAGUACCAAUUCGUCAACUAACUGUUAUAAUAAUUACUCGUACUAUUCUAAUAUGGAAUAUUUAAGUUCAACACCGAUGAAUCAUUCACAAUUUGUAGAUAAUAGUUUGGAAAACAGUUGGUCCAAAUCUCGGGACGAAGCGUCGUGGUUAUACAACAGUACCUGGGACCGAAAAUGAAAUAUCAUCAAGGUCAAAAAACUUGGCAAAUAUUUCUGAAAAAACCCAAAUACUCAUCUUCUAUCAUUUUACAAUUAUAGAAAUAGAUAUUUUUAUUUUAGAAUAACGAGAUCGAUCGAUAGAUAAUGAUUCGUUUUUAAUUACUUCUAUCUAUCAGUGAAAAAUUAGCUAAACUAUAGCUACUUUCCAUUUACAUCUCAACUCACUCAGUUCCUUUUCAGUCUCACAAGUGAGACUUAACUGAGUUAUUACUAGCACAAGCUUAAGACCUUUUGCUUCAAUGAGUUUUGUGGGCCGAGAUUGAAAGUGAGGUUAAGGACAACACGUUGUCUUGUCAUCAAAAUAAGCAAGUUCACAAUAUUAAAUUAUUGCUCUCUUCUGUAUUGAGUCGAGCAGCUUCAGGUCAUGCUUGAGAACCGACCAAAUCCCGAGCCUCAUUUGUAAAAACAGCAGCCUGGAUUCCUGGGUAUUACCACCCCAUUCCAGAAUGUUUUCAAGGUCUGUAUUGAUGGUAGUGAUUUCUUAUACUUAACAAAUUAUUAUCUGCCGAUUGAUCUACAAAUAAUACUCUUAAGUAACGAUUUUUAAGUACCUAAAAGUUUAAAUGUGCAAUGGGAAAAUAUCCAUAUCAAAAAAAAAGGUUCUCUACUGUAUAUACGUCUAAAAACUCUAAUUUUCUGACCAAUACAAUAAUUUUAUCGAAUUUAAAUUUUAGGACGUAAAGGCUCUAUAAUAUACUAGUCAAAUUUUAUGUGCCAAUAAAAAAAAAAAUGAAAACCAACGAAAAUAUCUUUAAAUAAUUUUGUACAGAGUUAUGUAUAAAGUUUAGAAUAAAUGUAAAUCGAAGAUA